AUGGGGCGAAAACCCCGGAAAAGCGGCUACAGCUCUCGGGACAAGCACUACAGGGAACUGGUUGCUAUUGCGAACGGUACCAACCAGUACCCUACAGGCAGCGUUCCUCAUCGCCCAGCUCUGCCACUCGUACCCUCCCAACCCAUUCGACCUCAACAACGGGAUCUAUCCGCACAAUCCAACCCUCAACGGCAAUCCGUCGAUUGGCCAAUCUCACCACCAACUCUCCCAAACCCAGUCGACUCACUGGCUGUCGCGUCAUAUCACCAGUCAAACUUUGCAAACUCAACCACGACCAGUCCCACCGACCAAUUAGGCUACGAACGAAGAACAUCUCCCGAGGCGAAUACUCCUACGAACUCGACGGUGAUUUCUGAUGCUGGCUGUGGACAGUUUUCGCGAAUACAUGGAGGCAAUGCUAUCACUUCGCCUCAGAAUCUCUUUUCUUCAAUAACUGAUGAUGUUGUCGGCAUUGACAAGAGAUACUCUGCCGCCGAUACCACUCGACUCGUCCAGCAACUCGAACCCAAAUUCAUCCCUCCUCACAACCAAUUACCGAGCAACUACCCAAAGUCCCGACGCAACAACGAACCAUGGACCCCUGUACAGUAUCAGCCACCAACCAAGUCAUCUAGCAUGGACACAGACAUGCACGAUGUUCCAGAUCACACCCAUUCUCAGGAUGGACGCGAGAAAGGUGGUGGCAGAAUAGGCCCACUGUCACAGAUCCAAAGACAGCAGGCCAGCGAGGUCAGAAGGAAGGGAGCUUGUCUCCGUUGUCAGAUCAUGAGAGAAAAGUGUGAUCUUAAAAUCCCCUGUCACACAUGUGAGACCAAAGACCGUCGAAAAUUUCCCAAGAAAUGCAUCCGAGCCAAUUUUGACUGGGAGAGCCAAAGUCAUAUGUACUUCCCAGAUGAAUUGACACACCGACUUAAGCAAGACAAGCUGUUCACAUACCUCUCCUUUACAUCGUUCAGCAUGUCCAACCGUCCGGAAUUCACCGUCAAGUUGGAUCUCCACAUCGAGGAUAAGUUGUGGGUGGUUGUCAAAGAGUUCACCCCCUUGGAAGACCCUAUUCGCCAUGCUCAUCGCUCCAUAAACGACGCCAGUGGAAACAAAUCAUACCAGCGCUUACAAGUAUGGAGUCCACCUAUAAUCAUGCGCAUCCGAGACGGCGAGCUCCCGUCAACCGUCACCACGAUGAGGAAAAAUCUGAGAAAUCUUUUCACCACAAUCUUGGCUGAUGAAGGCAAAUGGGCUAGGUGGAGUACGAGAUAUUUCUACCAUGUGGAAGAGGACUUUCAAUGCGACCUUGUUAUUUGGAUUGGGAAAUACUAUAGAAAAGAUAUUGACGAACAUUCGAUUUUGGCUACAGCUUUGAGCUUACUGUGGUGGGAAUAUCUCCUCCUGAACAAAAUUACUGUGGCUGAGGACGAUCUGGUCAGCCUCGAUCAGCACUUGGGAGAGAAGCGUCCUAAGGAAUGUGAAGGCAUGCCUGCUGUCCCUGAAACCAUCAAUCGAUUCCUCAAAGCCAUCAUCUUACCAAUGGCGAUCGAGACGGCAAAGAAGCUCACAGAGGCAAUGCAUGACCGUCUUUUCAAAAUGGCAGUCAGUCAGAAGCUCAGCCAAUCCGGCACUGACAUUGCUACCUGUCUCAUGUUUGUGCUGAUGAUAUUCAUGGGCGGAAUUCAGUCAACAUUACUCCUCCUUCCUGACAUGCCAGGGGAUGAAAUCGGCAUCCCGGACUACAGCCUGGAGUCAGCAAAGUCAAGAAUACUCGAGAUCGAAGAGACCAUCAUCGAGUUGUGGACUUCGUUCCACCGUUAUACGUUAAGUCGGCGUGGGGGCGGGACGAGUGCCAAGUCAAUGUUGAGCGCCAAAGAAGUCAACUCCCCGGCCGAGGUACAUGCUCGUGAACAUAAUCUCGUGGGCAAGAUGAAGAAGGGGAUCGAGGAUGACUACGGUACGUGCCUGCCGCCCGCCUUGGACGUUGCUGCCCUGUUGCUGUCGUAUCGGCCAGGCCGACGUCAAUUGCAGAUGCAGCAGCAGUUGUUGGUGAAAGAACAGAUGAGAUAUAGAUUUGAGGCUGAUUGGUUCCCCCUCUCAGUAAAAGAACGACCGUUGGAUUUGACUAUGAGCACGAAUCACGGAUAUGUGCUUGAUGGAUUCCGUGCUACCAAUAUCAGCAGGCUGUGCUGGAGGGUUUGGGCCAAUAUCGAAACCGGCGCCUUUUGA